GCGCCUGCGGCUGUCGCGGACGCUGGCGGCCAAGGUGGAGCUGGUGGACAUCCAGCGCGAGGGCGCGCUGCGCUUCAUGGUGGCCGACGACGCAGCCACGGGCCCGGGCGGCACGGCCCAGUGGCAGAAGUGUCGCCUGCUCCUGCGCAGGGCGGUGGCCGGCGAGCGCUUCCGGCUCGAGUUCUUCGUGCCACCCAAGGCCUCCAGGCCCAAGGUCAGCAUCCCUCUCUCGGCCAUCAUCGAGGUCCGCACGACGAUGCCCCUGGAGAUGCCAGAAAAAGACAAUACGUUUGUGCUCAAGGUCGAGAAUGGAGCUGAGUAUAUCCUGGAGACCAUUGACUCACUGCAGAAGCACUCAUGGGUGGCUGAUAUCCAGGGCUGCGUGGACCCCGGGGACAGUGAGGAAGACACUGAGCUGUCCUGCACCCGGGGAGGCUGCCUGGCCAGCCGAGUGGCCUCCUGCAGCUGUGAGCUGCUGACGGAUGGGGACCUGCCCCGGCCCCCAGAGACAACAGCAGCCGUGGUGACAGCUCCACACAGCAGAGCCCGAGAUGGCGUCGGGGAGUCCCUGGUCCAUGUCCCGCUGGAGACCUUCCUGGAGACACUGGAGUCCUCGGGUGGCGGCGGCCAGGACAGCAAUAAUACAGGGGAGGAGGGAGCGGAGCCGGAGCCGGAGGCUGAGCCUGAGCUGGAGCUCUCCGACUACCCCUGGUUCCACGGGACGUUGUCACGGGUCAGGGCAGCUCAGCUGGUGCUAGCCGGCGGGCCCCGGAGCCACGGCCUCUUCGUGAUCCGCCAGAGUGAGACUCGGCCUGGGGAGUACGUGCUGACCUUCAACUUCCAGGGCAAGGCCAAGGCAAGUCAGCCGGGGCGUGGAGAGGGGGAGGCGGCA